AUGGAUCAGAACCCCCAAAACUCGUAUAACCCCAGCUCCUCACUGUACAACAAUCCUGCUCAUCAAAACAGCGACACCAUCCACAAUAGAUUUCGCUUCGAAUUAGAAAUAUCCCAAGAACCAGUCCGUUCUCGCAUGUGCGGGUUUGGUGAUAAGGAUAGAAGGCUCAUAUCUCCACCACCGUGUGUUCAGUUAAAGAUAUAUGAUAGAGAAACUGGAGCGCCUUACGAGGAUAUCACGCAUUUAGAUGUUUCGUUUUACGCAUUAUUGGUAGAGCUGUGGACUGUUGAUGAGACUACUAAUUUGUCAUCAGUUGUCCAAAGCCCAAAAGCCAUGUCAGGCCCAGGGGCCAGUUCUAGAGGUUCCGAAGGGCUUCCUGGCUCAGGUCGGAGCCAAAUAGUAAGGAACCUGAUAGGAACUUUAGUAGCUACAGCUUUCAAGCUAUAUAAUUUAGAUGAUAAUCUUGGCAUUUGGUUUGUACUUCACGACCUCUCGGUUCGCAUAGAAGGUGAAUACAAGCUUAAAUUUUCAUUUGUAAGGUUGUCUUCAACUCCAGGGUCAAAUCCAGCAGUUCCAGUAUUAUGUGAAUCAUUUUCUCAGCCUUUUAGAUCCUAUUCAGCUAAGAAAUUCCCAGGUGUUAUUGACACCACCGAAUUAAGCCGCUAUUUCGCACUUCAAGGGAUAAGAAUCCCCAUUCGUAGACUUCCAAAGCCUGAUUCCGACCUGAAACAUAGCAAAUAG